UAGAGAAUUAUAGUGAUGCUGCACAAAAAGGAAAAACCACAUUUAUUAAUUGCGUACAAACUUUGUUGCAUUUGCAGGUUUAAGAACGCACCUGGAAAUUUCAUCAACAGUUUCGCGUUGUCUGCUUGUCUGUUGUCUGCUUGUCAGUUUGUUUUUUCCAAAAGGAAGUAUGUUGUUGGCUGCACCAACUUAAUGACUGGUGGACCCAGCAAGGGAGAUGGUUGCUUUCUUCGAGUAUACUAUCCUAGUCAAAUAAAAGAUGUAUAUGAACAUUCUUCCCGUUGGGCAAGCUGGCUCCUCCACCCAAAAUACGUAGAAGAUUACACCAUAGUACUAGGAAUGAUUCCUUUCUUUGGCAAGAAGCUGAUAUCCUGGGCCUUUGGAAAUUCAUACAUUCCUAUAGCGUUAGAUGCUGAGCUAUGCAAUGAACAAAGAUUUCCUGUAAUUGUAUUUUCUCAUGGUCUUACUGCGUGCCGUACUGCCUACUCAACUUUCUGCUCAGACAUAUCAUCCCAUGGGUUUAUAGUGGCAGCUAUUGAACACAGGGAUGGCUCCGCUUGCAUGACUUAUAGUCUCGAAACGGAACAAAAUAGUAAAGGAGGUUUAGUCGAAAGCUGGAUCCCUGGAAAUGACUUGUGAAUGCAAUGACUUUUUACCGCUUUUUACUUCUAAUUCCCCUACAACUUUUAUUUACUUGCUUGUAACACUCUUUCUCAACACCUCUCUUAAUUAUACCCCCUUCUCCCAAAAAAACGAACAUUUGAAUAAUGGAAAUAUUGAUUGCGGAUCGGAUUAAUAAAAUCAUUGGUGAUUCAUA